GGCAAAGAGAGGGAGCGCGCGAGACGGGGCACGGAGCGAGCGCGAGACGGAGCUCGAGACCGGGCGCGAGCCGGGGGCACCGGGCGGCUGCGGCGGCGCGCGCCAUGUUCGCUGAGAUGAACCGCAGGACGCUGGCGUUCCGAGGAGGCGGGCUGGUCACCGCCAGCAGCGGCGGCGGCGGCGGCGGCUCCACGAACAAUAACGGUGGCGGCGGGGAGGCCUCGGCCUGGCCGCCACAGCAACAGCCGCGGCAGCAACAGCAGCUCAAUGGGCGGGGGGCGGACGAGGAAGUGGAACUGGAGGGCCUGGAACCCGAAGACCUGGAGGCCGCCGCCGCCACGGCCGCCCCUGCCCCCGCCGCCGCCGCCGCCGCCGUCGCCGAGGAAGGGAAGGACUUGCUUCUCGCGCAGGACGGGGGCGGCCCCGCCUCGCUGGGCGGUGGCGGCGGCGGCGGCAGCAGCGGCGGCGGCGCCGGGGGCCCCAUGAUCCCCGAGAGGAACCGCCGGACUCUGGCCUUUCGUGGAGGCGGUGGUGGGGGUCUCAAUAACAAUGGCAGCGGCGGCAGCGCGGAGGCCUCGGCGUGGCCCCCGAGGCACUUCAAUGGGCGGGGGACGGCGGACGAGGACCUCGAGCUGGAUGUGCUGGAGGGGAAAGAGUUGGUGCAGGACGGGGCGUCCCUGAGCGACAGCAGCGAGGACGAGGAGGAGGGGGCGAGUCUGGGCGACGGCAGCGGGGCGGAAGGCGGCAGCUGCAGCAGCAGCAGGCGGUCGGGAGGCGAUGGGGGGGAUGAGGCGGAGGGCAGCAGCGUGGGAGCCGGGGAAGGAGAGAGCGUCCAGCACUUCCCGCUGGCCCGGCCCAAGUCCCUCCUGCAGAAGCUGCACUGUUCUUUCCAAACCUCCUGGCUGAAGGAGUUUUCCUGGCUGCAGUAUUGCCAGGACACUGGCCUCAUGUCCUGCUCCUGGUGCCAAAAGACUCCCGAGGAUGGGGGCAGUGGGGACUUGCCCCUAGUGGGCCAUGAUGAGCUUUCGAGGGGGACUCGUAACUACAAGAGAGCCCUCCUUCUCAGGCACCAUCUCUCCGCCGAGCACAGACUCCACGAAUCCAACACGCAGGAAUCAGAAGGUAUACCAUCAGAAUCGACUAAUGAAGAGGGAUACUGUGAUUAUAACAGUCGGCCAAAUGAGAACUCUUACUGUUAUCAACUUCUUCAAGAACUGAAUGAGCAGAGGAAGAAAGGCAUUCUUUGUGAUGUCGACAUUGUGGUGAGCGGACGAGUUUUCAGAGCUCACAAGAACAUCCUGGUUGCAGGCAGCCGUUAUUUCAAGACUCUAUAUUGCUUUACAAACAAAGAAAACCUUCCAAACAAAGAAAACCGUAACCAAACCACUGUUACCCAUUUAGAUGUUGCUGCAGUUCAAGGUUUUUCAGUCAUCUUGGACUUCUUAUAUUCUGGUAAUCUGGUGCUUACUAGCCAAAAUGCCAUUGAAGUAAUGUCAGUGGCCAGCUACCUUCAGAUGACUGAAGUUGUUCAAUCUUGCCGCAAUUUUAUUAAAGAUGCCUUAAAUAUAAGCAUAAAAUCAGAAGCUCCAGAGUCUGUAGUUGUGGACUAUAACCGAAGAUCUAUUAGUAGAGAUGGUCUGCCUUCAUCAAGGGAUCAGAAGGUUGCCAGAUUUUGGGCAACUCGAAAUCUUACGAAUUUGGCAAGUAGUAUAAAAAGUGAAAAUGAUGGUUGCAGUAUUGAUGAGGGCCAAAUAGAAAACUACCAAAUGAAUGACUGUAGUUGGGUCCAGGAUAGUUCACCUGAAACGGCUGAGAGUGAAUCCCAUGGUCAAUCAAAAGUAUUUGUUUGGAAUGACAUGGGAUCACAAGGAAUUCAAGAAACUGGCAAAGCAAGGAGAAAAAACCAAACUACAAAAAGAUUUAUUUAUAAUAUACCACCUAAUAAUGAAGAGAACUUGGAAGAUUGCUCAGUGAUGCAGACAUCUGCUUCUUACCAAGAAGAGGAUUUGCAAUUUAUUAAGGAAGAGCCAGAUUUGGAUGGUGCUCUACUUUCAGGGCCUGACUGUGAUAGAAACAUGAAUUCAGGUUUGCUGGCUGAAGCUAACUCAAGUCAAGACGGAGGUGAUGCUGGUCCUUCAAAUGAUUUCAAGUAUGGAUUGUUGCCGGGUACUUCAAAUGAUUUCAAGUAUGGAUUGUUGCCGGGUACUUCAAAUGAUUUCAAGUAUGGAUUGUUGCCGGGUACUUCAAAUGAUUUCAAGUAUGGAUUGUUGCCGGAAUCUUGGCCAAAACAAGAAGCUUGGGAAAAUGGUGAAUCAUCUAUAAUCAUGAACAAGUUAAAAUGCCCUCAUUGCAACUAUGUAGCCAAAUACAGACGAACACUAAAAAGACACUUGCUCAUUCAUACAGGAGUGAGAUCAUUUAGCUGUGAUAUCUGUGGGAAAUUGUUUACUCGAAGAGAACAUGUAAAAAGACAUUCCCUGGUGCAUAAAAAGGAUAAAAAAUAUAAAUGUAUGGUGUGUAAGAAGAUAUUCAUGUUAGCAGCCAGUGUUGGAAUAAGACAUGGAUCUCGACGUUAUGGAGUAUGUGUAGAAUGUACUGAUAAAUCACAACCAGGAGGUCAAGAAGGUGUAGACCAGGUGCAGGACACAGAUUUCACUAGAGAUGAAGAGUAUGAGGAGAAUGAAGCAGGAGAAGCUGAUGAAGAGUUGGUUGAUGAUGGAGAAGAACAGACUGAUCCAUCUCGAUGGGACGAAUCAGGGGAUGUUUGUAUGUCAUUAGAUGAUUAACUGACCUAGCAUACUCCUCAAGGAUGCUGCAGUUGGACAUAAUAUGAAUUGACAAUUUGAAUUCUUGAACUGAAGGCUUGCAAAAUAUGGUACAUGCUGGAUGGUAGUUAUGUUGCUGUGAAAACUGUAGGGUCAAAGCCUUAUAGCAAAAAAUAUUACUAAAUUUUUAUAUUUGCACAGGACUGUACAGCAAACAACCUUUUGGUUGAAUUAUACAGAGUACUCACAUCUCCAAUCAGUUAUCAAAGUAAAAAUAUUUUUUAUUAUUUAUAGGAUAUACAGUAGCUAUUUGAGUCAUAUUAAAAGCAUAGUAACUGUCCUUGUAGUGUUUUUACAUUCAUGUUUUACUUGUCACCAUGAAUGGGGAAAAAAAUAUAUGGAAGUACAGAAGUAACUUCCUCAGACCCAAUCACACUGUCAUCAAACCACUCAGGCUAGUUUGUGCUAGUAGAGUUUUGUUUCUAUUUUUUAUUUUUAAACAAAUUUUUUAAAAAGAAAAAGUAAAACAUUUUCUGUGAGGGACUCUGGUCCCCCAGUGGUUCAACUUUUUUCAGUUGUCCAAUUUCAGUUGCUACAUAACUUAAAACAUUUCUUUUGGUAUUGAUAUUAUGGUUUCCCGGCUCUUUGUUCCUGUGUGUCCCUUUACAAGAACUGGAGAGGUUAUUUAUUGGAAUGAGCUUAACUGACUCCCCCUUUCCCUUCUUCCCUUCAGACAGUUUAAAUUGCAAAAACUUCACUACUUCAUGAGAUGUGGAAUGAUGUUGCUGAAGUUAACUUUGUUUUCCAAUGAAGUUGACAAAAUACCACUAAAAUGAUUGAUUAUAAGUAACUUUCUCCUGCUGCUUUAGUUUAAUUUGAUAAAUGGUUACUAUAUGACGUUUUCUGACAUGUCCGUCUAGUUUUUGGUAUCUGUUACCUUGGCACUGUUUGUUAGCUACCCUCUUCCCACCUCCCUUUCUUUCUCCCUCCUGUACUACCCUUCCUAUCUGGCCAGUGUAUAUACCUCAGUCCUCUAUAAAAGGCAUAAAUUUCUAAUAGAGAGUCAUAGAAUUAUUAAGCCACAUGAUUUGUUUUUUAAUUUAUCCUGUGUGUCCAAUUUGGUUAGUUUGUUAUAAGCAGUAUAAGUCAAACAUCAGGUUAUUUUUACUUCCUGUGCCCUUUUUCAUCAUUAAAAUUAACACAACAAAUU